AUGGUGGGUGGACAAGCAUCAGACGGUGCCAACAACUCUGGAGGAGCCGCAGUACCAGGUGGACCUGCUGGUGCUACGACUGGCCCUCAGAAUGGUGGAGCGACAGCAAAUGGAGCACAAGGUGGUCAAAACGAGUUCACUCGUGGUUUGGACUCAGGUUUGGCCAAAGCAGCACCAUCUGCUGCUGGACUGACACAGUCCACGUACAGGUCUUUCAGAAGGAGACUUGACCUGUUCAGCCGACAAUGUAGAAGACGAGGUCAAGGAGUAGCUCUUGAAGGAGCUUAUCUAGUUCUUUCACAACUACAAGACGUAGCAUGGGAAGCAACAGAGGGAUUGGACUACGAUGACAUGGAGCUGAGUGAUGAUCCCUUCAAACCCUUGCUGGUCGUCUUGGACAAACUUUUUCAACAUGAAGAAGAAGUAGAACUCCCUGAACGAUGCCAAGAGUUCUUUGAGAAGUUUGCCCGAGAACGAGGUGAAGAACUACAAGCCUACUUGGUGAGGCAUCAAUCGAUGCUUCGAAAGUUGAAAGAGCUCCAGGUGGACAUACCACCCCUUCUUGCUGGUUGGCAUCUUUUGCAAAGGUCUGGAGUGCCGCGGUGGACCCAUGUCCAGGUCAAAGCGAUGUGCAACGGAGACAUGUCAGUUGACCGAGUCUCCAAAGCUUUGAUCCGAAUGUUUGGCGGUGACAGCAAGCCGAACGCCAAGGACUCCAUCCUCAAAGGUGAGAUUCACUAUAUGGAUGCCGAGUAUGAUGACCUUGAGGACUAUGGCUUUGACGAUGUCUACUACCAGGAUGAUGACGCCUACACCUAUGGCUAUGACCCUGACUAUGACGACACCAUUGAUGAGGUGGAAUACACAGGUGAAGCUGACGAGGACAUCCCGCAGGAGCUUGAUGAAGCCUCACUUGCAGUGGAGGAUGCAUUCAUCAACUACUUGGACUCUAGAAAGAAAAUGCGGGAACUUGCUCUCAGCCGAGGUUUUUACCCUGUGGUUGCCAUCGGCAUGGAUGACAAUGGUGGUGCGUUCAAGGGGCGUGGAAAAGCCUCUGGUGGGAAGGGCAAGUCAAAAGGAAAAGGCCGUGGAAAGAGCAGCGGAGGAAAAGGCAAAUCUGCCGGAAAAGGACACCCUUUGCCUGGUGCACGACGAUACGUUUUUGGACGUCGGCGUGCAGGUGAAUCGACAUCGACUGCUUCGACAACGGCAUCUGCAAAGUCCACAACCAGUGGAAGCACGUCUCAGCAUGGCCCAAGAUUCAAGCGCUACAGGCUUCCAGCCAACGGCAUCAAGGAAGUCCCUGAUGAAGUCACCAUGGUGGAGGACAACUUUGUCAGCGAGGUGAACCAGAUCCCAGUGGAUUACACCACCCAUGAGAGCAUCAACUUUGUCAGCCAAGCUGUUGGUUGGGCUAUCAUGGACAGUGGAGCUACUCGCACAGUCUGUGGUGAAGCCAGCUGGAACAAGAUCUUGGACUACCUCAGCUUGAGGAACAUGGAGCCUGACAUCGACAAGGAAACAAAGGAUUUCAGGUUUGGAGAUGGUGCCAUGGUGAGAUCGCUUUUCAGAGCAAUGAUCCCUGUCUGCGUUGGCAAGACCUGGCGACAACUCAUUGUGCACGUCCUUCCAGGACACACACCUUUGCUCUUGGCACGCCCAGAUCUUGAAUCUUGGCAGACGGUGGUGGACUAUGGAAGAAAAACUGUGAUGAUCGGUGACGUGCAGGUGAAGCCAGCGUUCACAACCAACGGGCACUACAUGAUCAACAUCUUUGACGACCUUGAGGACGUCUUGAGCUUUGCAGAGCUGGACAACAUCGACGUUUCUGUGGAGACCUUCGUGGACUCAAUGAUCACCGAUGAGGUCUCUGACUUUGAGGCCGACCUUGACGUCGAGGUGUCAGAAAAAGAAGCGGAGGAGUUUGUCUUCGCUGCAAGCAUGAAAAGCCAACAGCACGAGCGCAAGCUCAAGUUUUGGGAAGUCUAUGUGGAUGAAGGGAACCUGAGCAAGUACCUGCAACGAGCAUAUCAUGAUGUGGAGGUCCGGCAGUUUUCUCUGCCAACUUGGAACUUUGAGAUGAAAGAGCAACAAGCCGCUUUUCGACGUCUUGUUGAGCAAGAAGAACCUCAUCACAUCAUGGUGACUCCUGAAUGUCGUCUCUGGUCACCAAUGCAGAACUUGAACUACAGAACACCAGAGAGACGGGAAUUGCUCAGAGAUCUGAGGGUCUUGGAAGAAGAGACCCACUUGACCUUUUACAAGGACAUCCACAUCGACGGCAAGCGCCUGGUCUAUGACACAACUUUUGAGAACCCUGCAGACGCAGCUUCAUUCGAAACCCCAACUUUGGACUCCAUGAAGGGCUACUUUGAAACAGUCCUGGAUCGCUGCCGCACAAAGCUGAAGGCAAGUCCUGAGAACUACGAGCCUGAACUUUGCCAACGUCUUGGCAACGCCAUCUACUCUGCAAUGGAGAUGGCAUGGAAGAAACGAGGACAAGCUGAGCUGAUGACCAUGGAGGUCGUCGAGAAAUCGACUGAAGAGAUGCAGUACCUGGAACAGAACAAGGAGCUCAUCAAGAUCGGUGGCCAUGAGAUCCUGAAGUCGGUGGCCAAUCUCCAUCGACAACUUGGACAUCCAAAUGGAGCCAAGCUGGUUCUGGCGGUGAAGGCCCGACACCUUCCCAAUGAAUUUGUCCAGGUGGCCCGGAGGUACAAGUGUCCGACCUGUUUGGCCAGGGCACAACCUAAGAAUGUGCGUGUGGCGACUUUGCACAAAUCCCCACACUUCAACCACUCCGUGGCCAUCGACACCUUCUAUGUGGAAUGGGAUGGCAAACAGCGUGCGGUCUUCACCAUCAUGGAUGAGUUCAGUCGCUAUGAAGUUGACAUGGAGAUCAAAGAAGAGACGGCUGACAUGGAGAUAGCUCUCUUCGAGUCAACUUGGAGCCGAUCUUUUGGGUUCCCAAAGGUUUUGCGACUGGAUGCCUCUGGUCCUCAUCAAGGGCAACAAUUUGCCGAUUGGACAUCUGCCCAUGGAAUGUACAUGGACCUGAUCCCACGAGAACCUGACACUCCCGGCAAACCUGCCGACAAGUCCAAAGCUCGGCCGAAGGCCAAGCUGCCUGAACCCCGAAUCGACUUUUGGGUCGACUACCCCGACAGUGAGAAAACCGAAUCUGAAUCCAAGACCACUGACAAGACUCUCUUGGAUGAGAUGGUGGCCAACAAGGACAAGAACCUGGAUGACCACACUCAAGGCAUGACCGACAUCCAGAAGGAGAUGAAACGGAAGCUGGAAGAAGAACAUCCGGGCAUCAUGGACUCCUCGCAUGGGGUGAUCGACAGGCAAGAUGAUGAACCACCUGUGAACCCUGAUGAUGUGAGCGUUCGAGCCCGUGACAGACGUUUCUAUGAACAAGCAGUGCGUGCUGCCAGUUUCCUCUCCCACGAGAACAAUCGAUCCAAGAGCACCGGAGUGAUUUGGUGCAUGACCCUUGCCAACGAGAUCGUGCCCGUGGCUGCUCUUGAGUUUGGGUUUGUGAUCUUCCUCAGCUUUGACAAGAUCGUCGGGUUCUUCUUUUUCCUGGCCUUUGCCUUGGUGUUUGCGUAUACCCUGGGCAAGCGUGCUGGACGCCGAGAAGUCCAUGGUCUCGUGGCUACGACUGAGCCAGUGGAGACAGCUGAGGGAGAAGCACAGGCACCGCCGACACCGCGAACCAGAGCGGUGACUGACUGCCAACGCUUCACGGCAGCUGAGAUCUCUUUCCUGCUGGGCGAGGGCUACGAGGUUUGGCCCGGUGACAAGGUGGAGCAGAUCCGGCGAGACUUCAUCGCUGAGUUGCCUCCGUCCAUUGAGAGCUGCGAGAUGAAGCUCGAGCCCUACGAGCUCAACUUGCGACCGUUCGAGUCGUAG